CUCUGGAGAGCUCAAGGAUAAAUGGUUGGCGCUCAUCAAUGAUCGUAUAAAUGAGGGGAAAGAGAGAGACGAGCCCAAGACCAUCCCUCUGAAGAUAUUCGCCAAGGAUAUUGGAAACUGUGCAUAUGCCAAGACACUUUCAGUCAACAACAGUGACAGCACGGACGAUGUGAUCCAGACGGCUCUGCAGCAGUUCGGCAUUUCAGGUUGCGUAAAAGACCACCGGUUAUGGGUGAGUUCCUGUAGGGACGAUCCUCCGUACCCUCUCAUCGGCCAUGAGUUCCCCUUCAGCAUCAAGAUGAGCCAUAUUCGGGACGGCAGCAGCGGUGCAGGAGGAGUGGGGAGAGAUCCGAUGACCCCCACAGACUGCCCUGAAGUUCUMCUGCUGGACCAGUGUCUUCCCCCGGACACCCAGUGUCAGUUCAUCCUCAAACCCAACAAGGUGGUCCUCGGACCUCCGCAGCUCAUAGAACCUGGUCAGCAGAAGACUUUUAAGAGAAAGAGGUCACUGAUCAACUGGCCCUUCUGGAAAGGGUCCAACCCACAGCUGGACGGCCUGCCUCUGUCCCCAUCCCUGCUUUCCCCCACUCAGGGACAGCUCUUCGGACGACCCCUGAGCUCCGUGUGCUCCUCAGAUCACGGCUUGCCGAAGCCCAUCAUGACGUGUCGUCCUUCCAAAUGAACGACUCGUCCUACGACAGUCUGGAGACGGAGCUGAACGAUGAUCCAGAGUCUCCCUACCAGGAGCAGCUGCCUCUCCGGGACAAAACCAAGCCCGACAGCCGCAGCAGGGACUCCGUCAUCACCCUCAGUGACGGCGACCCCGACCCCGACCCGGACUCAGACCUCCUCCUGCAGCUCCCGCCCCUUUUUCGACCCAGGAGGUUCAGCCCUGCGGUCCGAACGCCUUGCGCCUCCCGCCAGGCCAACGGCUUGUCGCAGGGUCCCAGACGGAUCCGAAGGAGCUCGGAGCCCGCCUUGGCUUUGGCCAACACUCCGCCGUCGAGCGCCGUGGUGGUUACCGCAGAGAGGUGCCACUUCCCAGUGAGGAAGGCCAGCUACGACGCUGCCACGGAGGGCGAGGGCGAGGAGGACGAGGACGAGGUGUUUGUGGAGCGGGGGCUCAGCAGCCUGCAGCUGAAGGAGGCGGGUCCAGUCGAGCAGAGGAGGAUGAAGCACGCCCCUCCUCCUCCUCUACGACUGGAUGCCAGCUGUUCCAGUCUGUCGUCGCCGGCGACCUCUCCCACAGGCUCCUCCCUCAGCUCUUUAGACUCCGCCUUUUCCCAGUACUCCAAUGACUACGUCACAAACGGAGCCGUGCUACAGAAGUCACCGAGAGACUCUCCGCCACAAAAAGAAGCCCUGUCUCUGUGGCAGCAGUCUGCCCCGCCCCCUCGGACCGGCCACACCCCCUCCCACUCGCACGGCCUCCACCCUAACACGUGGCUUAAGAAGGACCGCUGCCUGUCCCUGCGGCAGCCCGACGGUGGACGAGCAGAGGAGUCGCCGGCGGCUAACAGAACUUCCUCUGUUCAGGAAGCCGCGGCGGCGAACCCAAAGAGCCUGCAGAGGUGCAGCAGUCCUCCGUCCUACCAGCAGGCUCUGCUGCAGCUGCAGCAGCACCGCUCCCCCUCCCACAGGCAAACAGAGCUGCGAAGUGUCAACGACCAGACCAAACACUCAAACACAACCGUCCCGACUAACAGCAAGCCGCACACAGGAAGUGAGGUCGCACAGAGACUGCCAGGAGGCAAGUGGGUUCAGCCCCCGCAGAGUGUUUUCUACGGACAGAGCGCCACCACUCUGGUCCUCCAGAGACCAAAGUCCCACUCACUUACUCCAACCGUGGAGGGCCUCAAAGAGAGGAAGACCCUUCCCCGCAGAGCGUCCGAACCGUCCAAGUCUGCCGGAGACUCCAGCCCCUCCAUCAGCCUCCUGUUGGACCGGACCYCUAAAGCUCAGCUACGUAACGACAGACUGAGAGCUGCAGAGGUGGACUCCAAAACCUCCAAACAGCACCUCUGCCUGUCUCCCUCCGCCAGCCGAGUGGUGAGGGACUACUUUUCCACGCAGGCUCAGGCCGAUCCCGACGCCUGCCUGCGGAGGAGUCAGGAGGUGGCGCUGGCGAUUGUGCAGAGUAAGAAGGAUUGGCAGAACCGGCAGUGCAGCGACCCGCGACUGGAGGACUUUGAAAAGCUGUUUUUUGCAGAAGAGUCGUACGUGUAAAUAAUAUUCACGUAAAUUUGUAUCUGUUUUAUUUGUGUACGACUGAUGUUUUUAUUGUGAAAACAUUUUUGCCUGUUACUGUAAUGGUACUAGAGGUUUUAAAGGGUAAAACCCGGGUUCAGUUGUGAUCAGCAACAAACAUCCGACAGAUCAAACAGGGUCACUGUUAAAGCUGCGGCACAAAAACUGGGUAUCUUUAUUGCUUUCCUGAGAUGUAAAAAAAUUAUUUUUUGGAAAGGAACUCUUUCCUGAGACAUAAAAAAUUUUAUUUGGAAAGGAAGUCUUUCCUUCUUUACCUUCAGAAGAAACGCUGACAUCAGAGCUAAAAAAAAAAGGUAGAGGAAAUGCUUUUGAAAAUAAAAGUAUUGACAACAUUUUUAAGGAACUUUUUAAAAUUCACCAGAGAAAUAACUUUACUGUUAUCCUCCUUUUUCGGUUUUCCUUCACUACACAUAAGAUGUAAUAAUUCAUCAAAUGUUCUAGUAUAUUUUCUGUAGAUCCGAUUUCCUGAAUCUGAGUUUGUAUCUGAGCAAAAUCUCAUUCCCAUUGAACAGAUUUUCAUGCAACUUUCAUAAUUAAAUCCUUAGGUGUACAACUGCUUGCCUUUUGAAGUUACCUUAAUUCAAGAUGGCCGCCAAACAGCUAUAACGCUACGUCAGUGGUUCCCAGACUUUUCAGCUUUUGUCCCACAAAAUAGCAGCAGCAGAGACCUGAGCCCCCAGCUGUUGUCGGUUGAUAAACAUCGU